UUAUGCUACCAGCAUGUUUAUCAAAUAUUGAUAAACAAAAUUACAAUCAAUGUAUAGGAGUUUAUGUGUGGAGUGACAGUCUUGAGGAAUCUUUGUCGGGAUAUUGUUGUUUUUGUUAAUAAAUUCAAAAAAAAUGUCUCAACCUCAAGAAACUACUAACAAUGAAAAUACUGAAGCGGAGUUUAGUGAAACAGAUCCUUUAAAAAAUAAAACAAAAGAUGAAGAACAAAAAGAAACCAAAUCAAGGAAGGAUACGAUAUUGAAUGUUGUAAACAACGUGUCUGUGGAACCUACAGCUUUUCUCUUUGUGCUUGCGACUAUUUUAGUUUUAAUAACAACACAGAAUUUAAGUCUUGAAAAAGCUUGUCGAGUCAAUUUAAAUUAUACGAGUGAAAUAUGUGAUUCUCUUCGUGCGCAAAACAUGGAGUCACAGAAUGAAUACGAACGGGAGACUCAGAAACUGAUAGCUUCAGCUAUGGCAUGGAAAACUUACCUAUCAGCGACAAUACCUUGUGUUAUUGCGUUAUUUGUUGGAUCGUGGUCAGAUCGUACUGGACGUAGAAAAGUGUUUAUAAUAUACCCUUUGUUUGGACAGAUUCUAGUCUGCAUCAACGCUUUGAUAAACACUUAUUUCUUCCACGAAAUACGUCUCGAAUAUUUUGUGUUGUUUGAUGGAAUUUUAGAAGGUAUUGCUGGAAGUUGGUGUGUUCUGUUUCUUGUUGUGUUUUCAUACAUCAGUGCUAUCACAUCUGCUGAGAAUAGAACAUUUCGUAUGGGUUUAGUAAAUUUUAGUAUGACAGCGGGAUUCCCUAUAGGUAUGGGCAUUAGUGGAAUUUUCCUUAAAACCUACGGAUAUUACGGUUGCUAUGGACUUGCGUGUGCAUUACAUACCACUAAUGUUAUUUACAAUUUGAUCUUCUUAAAAGAUACAGCGGUUAAGAAAGAUCAAACAAUGGAGGGCAAAGGAUUUCGUUACUUCUGUAAGACGUUUUUCGAUCUGUCCAACUUAAAAGAAACUGUAAAGACGGUGUUCAAAAAAGGCGCCAAUCACAGAAGAGCGCGAGUUAUAACUUUCUUGGCUGUUGUUGCUAUGUUGUUUGGCCCAAUGUAUGGUGAAAUAUCAAUUCUAUACAUAUCAACGAGGUUCAGGUUCAAUUGGGAUGAAGUGAAAUUUAGCAUUUUCCAAACAUAUAAUUUUGUGGCACAUUCACUUGGUACAAUUUUCUCGUUAACCGUCUUCAGUAAGCUUUUAGGAUGGCAUGAUUCACUUCUAGGAAUUAUUUCUACAGUAAGCAAAAUUAUGGCUUCGUUUGUUUAUUGUUUUGCACCAAAUCAGAUGAUAUUUGCACUCGGUCCAUUAGUUGAAAUACUAAAUGGAACAUCAUUUUUGGCUUUAAGGUCUCUAUUGUCUAAGAUGGUUGCUGAUGAUGAAUUUGGUAAAAUUAACUCCUUGAUAUCCCUAAGUGAAACUCUGAUGCCAUUGUUCUACAUUCCUUUGUACACGAGGACAUAUGCCGCUACAAUGGACGUGUUACCAGGUGCGGUGUUCCUACUGGGUACAGUGUUGACACUUCCAGCUGUAUUCGUAUUCCUUUGGCUCUUCUUCGAACACAGAAGGGGGUUAAGGAAAUCAAGGAAAGACAAAAUUGACAAUCAAUUAUCAUGA